CUUCAGCCUUGGGUGGACUUUUCCCACAAACGCACCAGUGGAGGUGUUUUAUUCGGACACGUGCGGUUCCGAGCUCCCGGUCGUCUUGAACCUUUUUUCUCCACUUUUCCCACGAGCCCUCAUUUACAGCAUGAAGUGCAGUCAUGGCUCGGAGUAGCAAGUCAGCAGCGAGGACCCUGGAGGAUUUGACGCUCGACUCAGGUUAUGGUGGAGCCGCAGACUCCUUCCGAUCUUCCAGUGCGUCGCUGUGCUGCUCGGAUGCACAUGGGGCGAAUUACUGGCAUUUAACCGACUCGAUGCACAGUCGACACAACAGUCUGGACACUGUGAACACGGUCCUGGUGGAAGACGCCGAGAUCCUGGAGUGCACCGUGCAGUGCGCCAAACUGCCCGAGCUUGAGGAUGUGCCGUGGAGCCUCGGGGAAGUGGCGAGCGCACUGAGCAGGGACGAGGAGAGGAGCCUGGCGACCCCUCCGCAGGACGUCCUGCUGCGGCUCUCGGUGCUGGUCAGCCGGGCCCUGGUCCGGGUCGCCAAGGAGGCGCAGCGGCUGAGUUUGCGCUACGCCAAAUGCACCAAAUACGAGAUCCAAAGUGCCACAAAGAUCGCCCUGUCGUGGAGCGUCUCGAUGAACUGCAUCGGCGCGGCCCUCGGUGCCUUGUCCCUGUACAACAUGAGCACGGACGAGGACAAUUUCGGCCGCGGCAAGUCGGUGCGCUGCGGACUCGUCUUCAACGUGGGGAAGUUCUUCAGGUGGAUGGUGGACAGCAGGGUCGCGGUCCGGAUCCACGAGCACGCCGCCAUCUACCUGGCAGCGUGCAUGGAGAGCCUCUUCCGAGAGGUGUACGCGCGGGUGCUGCGCAGCGCGCUGCUGGAGCGGGAUAACGGGAUCCCCAAGUUCACAGUGGAGACCCUGGAGCAGGCCGUCAGCAGCGAGGCAGAGAUCUGGGGCUCCCUGCAGCCCUGGCAGCACCUCAUCUGCGGGAAGAACGCAAACGGUGUGCUGAGCCUACCUGAGGGUCUGUCUCUUCCCAGGGAGCUGCAGCAGCAGCAGCAGCAGCAGCAGCGAGCAGGAAAGAGCGGAGACGCAAACGCCUAUAGUCAGUCGGAGCUGCGUUCUGUUGAGCAGUGCUUACUGGCAACACGAGUGGGCAGCAUCUCUGAACUCAGUGACCUGGUGUCUCGAGCCAUGCACCACCUACAGCCACUCUACAUGAAGAAUCACAACAAUGGGACUCCAAUCCACCAGAAGAGCAGUGUGAUUCACUGGGCGCCCGAGGCCAUCUACACACUGUGUUAUUUCAUGCACUGCCCUCAGAUGGAGUGGGAGAACCCCAAUGUGGAGCCGUCCAAGGUUACUUUGCAAACGGAGAGGCCCUUUCUGGUGCUGCCGCCUCUGAUGGAGUGGGUGCGCGUGGCAGUGGUCCACACGGAACACAGACGCAGCUUCUCUGUGGACAGCGAUGAUGUCCGGCAGGCGGCCAGGCUGCUGCUGCCUGGAGUGGACUGUGAGCCCCGCCAGCUCCGAACGGAUGACUGCUUCUGUGCCUCGAGGAAACUGGAUGCCGCCUCCACCGAGGCAAAGUUCCUGCAGGACCUGGGCUUCCGUAUGCUCAGCUGCGGCCGCACGGACCUGGUGAAGCAGGCUGUCAACCUGCUCGGGCCGGAUGGCAUCAACAGCAUGAGUGAGCAGGGGAUGACCCCGCUGAUGUACGCCUGUGUCCGCGGGGACGAGGCCAUGGUGCAGAUGCUGCUGGAUGCAGGGGCCGAUAUUAACAGCGAGGUGCCAAACUCAGUGCACAAGCACCCCUCAGUCUUCCCCGAAACGCGGCAGGCGACGCCCCUCACCUUCGCCGUGUUACACGGACAUGUGCCCGUGGUGCAGCUGCUGCUGGAUGCUAAAGCGAACGUGGAGGGAUCCCUGCAGGACGGGAUGGAGAACUACACAGAGACCCCACUGCAGCUGGCUGCUGCUGCAGGUAACUUUGAGCUGGUGAGUUUGCUGCUGGAGCGUGGGGCCGACCCCAUGGUGGGGACCACGUACCGUAACGGCAUCUCCACUGCACCUCACGGAGACAUGAACUCCUACAGCCUGGCAGCAGCUCACGGACACAGGAACGUGUUCCGUAAGCUCCUGUCCCACACGGAGACGGGGAAAGGCGAUGUCUUGUCCCUGGAGGAGAUUCUGGCCGAAGGUUCGGACCUGGAAGGAAGAAGUGCGUCUCAGAUUGACCUGAUCCGGUCUGGGAAGGCCAAACUCAAAGCCCUGAAAGAAGCCAUGUAUCACAGCUCAGAACACGGACACGUAGACAUCACCAUAGAUAUACGGAGCCUUGGCGUCCCGUGGACUCUGCACACCUGGAUGGAGUCUCUGCGGACGUGUUUCCACCAGCAGCGCCGACCUCUGAUCCAGGGUCUCCUGAAAGAGUUCAGCUGCAUCGAGGAGGAGGAGUACACCGAGGAGCUGAUCACACACGGCCUGCCUCUCAUGUUCCAGAUCCUCAGAGCCAGCAAGAAUGAAGUGAUCAGCCAGCAGCUGUCUGCCAUCUUCACCCAGUGUUACGGCCCGUACCCAAUCCCCAAAAUGAUAGAGAUCAAGAGGAAGCAGUCGUCACGUCUGGAUCCUCACUUCCUUAACAACAAGGAGAUGUCUGAUGUGACCUUUCUGGUGGAGGGGAAACCUUUUUACGCCCACAAAGUGCUGCUCUUCACAGCUUCCAGCAGGUUCAAAUCUCUUCUAGCAAACAGACCUUGUGGUGAAAACACAUGCAUUGAAAUCAGCAAUGUUAAAUACCACAUUUUUCAGCUGGUGAUGCAGUAUCUCUACUUUGGAGCAACAGAAGCGUUGCACAUCAGGAACACUGAGGUUAUGGAGCUUCUGUCUGCAGCCAAGUUCUUCCAGCUGGAGGCGCUGCAGAGGCACUGUGAGAUGAUCUGCUCCAAGAACAUCAACACAGAAACGUGUGUGGAGAUCUACAACCACACCAAGUUUCUCGACGCCCCGGUCCUGUCGUCCUACAUCGAGGGCUACUUCCUGAAGAACAUGGUGAUCCUGAUCGAGCUGGAGCCCUUCAAGCAGCUGCUGUACGACGCGCCUCCGGACAGCCCGGGCUGCGACAUCCUGCAGGACCUGGAGAAAACGCUGGCCAACCGCAUCCAGUCCAUCCACCUGUCGUCCUCCAAGGGAUCCAUCGUCUGACCUCCCGACGCCCGACGGGAGCAGAGACUAUUUACCAGAGACGUGACGCUGAGAAAAAAAGGGACUCGUGAUCCAAUCUUUGUCUCUGUGAAGCUCAUCAGCUGCUAAUGUGCUUCUUGUUAUCUUAGCACAGAUGAUCCAAGUCUGUCUGUCUGCCUCGUUGAUGUUCGUCCAUACGACUGUCAUAAGAUCGCUGUGUCAUGUCACAAUUUGCCAAUAACAUCUUUUACUGUAACGCCGUCCAGCAGGAACCUCUCAGAUUAGCGCGUUAGCUAUGUGUGCUACAUGAUCUGCGUCUCCAGAUGAUGAACUGCCUCGGCGUCACGUGAUGAGCCAAUGAGGAUGAACCGCUGCCUCGUGUUGUGAUUAUUUGCUCAAACAUCUGGAUCCAUACAGGGUCAUCUAUUUGUGCAUCUGUCAGUCACUUAGUAUUAUCUGUGCUGAAUACUCCUUAAAGCCAAACUAGUAAAUCAACUGACAAGUAUCUUUAAUGUGACUGAUGCAAAAUACAAGGGGGGGCUUUCGUCGGCUGACUGGGUCGGAGAAGAGGAUUUUUACCUUCUUGGGCUCGACUGUGUACAUAUUGUUCAUAAAAAACAGAGCUAUUGAUAAUGUAAGUUAAUGUACAUAUAUAUAUCCACAGAUGUUUUCUCAUGCGUGAUGCUGUUGGAUACGGCUGUAAAAACAAAACAAAAAAGCCUCAUCUUGUAAAAUAUCUGUGUUUCAGUGUUGCAUGUCAGAGGGAUGACUGUGUUUUGGAAUUUGUUCUGUUUGAGCUGUUGGACGAGCAGCUGGUGUCACGGCCGUGUGAGGAGAGGUCUGUCGUCAGCAUGGGUCUGUAAACCGUGUCGUCACUUCAUGUGUGAGAGGCUCCAGGGUGGAAGUGAAACCAUACGACCUGUACAUGUGUGACUUGAUAUAUCUUUACUCUAUAAAGAUUAAUAUAAAGAA